AUGCGAUGGGGUGUUCGCGAUGAGGCCACGGUUACUGAACGCGAAAUAACAAACGGAAUAUUAAAUGUUUUGAAUGUCAAGCGUCACUGUUUGGCAUAUUUCCGACAAAUCAAUAAAAUCGAUGCCACAAACACUCGAGUGGUCGAAAAGUUUAUUGAUUUGACGGCUAAGGGAGACAUCGACAGAGAGGCUCAGACUCUGCUCAACCACUUGAGAGACACCCGACUUAUCGCUAAGAUAUUUGCGCCCAAUUUAGUCAAAUUUACAGUGGAUUGGAAUCCAAAACAAGGCCUCGAUAUUGAACAACAUUUUGAAUAUCUCAAAGAGUUUUGCGAACAUUUUUACAAUAAUAUAACAAAAUUAGUGCGAAAAGCGAUGAGAAGGGAGGAUAGGAGUCCAUUUGGGAGUCUAUUUAAUGAGAUUCUGCAUCAUUUACAUUCAUGCAAUCAUAGUGUCCAAGUGUUUGAAGGCAGACAUAAACAGUUACACACAAUUGAAAACUAUAUCAAAAGUAAUUCAAACUCACCGCUAGUUCUUCAUGGUCUGCACGGAUCGGGCAAAACAUCACUGUUAGCCAAAGCGGCCACUCUUUUAGAGGAAUGGGUCGAUAGGGAUAAUAAAUUCAUUUUAAUUUUGCGAUUCAUAGGGACCACACCCGACAGCUCGUCUGUGAUUCCCUUUUUAACGAGUAUUUGCCAACAAAUCUCAUAUAACUUUAUGCUCCCUCUCGACGACGUGCCCGACGAUCUCAUUGGCCUUACCUUUCAUUUCAAACAACUUCUUCUCAAAACUAGAGAACAAUUAGUUUUCAUUUUUAUCGAUUCUAUCGAUCAGUUGUCAGAAAAUAUGGAGUCGAGUAUAAAAUUGUCAUUUCUUAGCCAACAAUUUCCCGAUAACUUGAAAGUUGUCAUCUCGUGCUCAUCCGAAGACCGAUCCAAAGACUUUGAAACAUUGCACAAAAUGAUUGAACAGAAGGACAAGUUUGUUGAAGUUGAAGAACUCGGCGCUCAACUGGGAAUCGAUGUCAUCAAACGAUGGCUACAAUUGAUAAGACGCGAUAUCACAGCAAAACAAUGGCAAACCGUUGGGAUAGCGAUCAAUGACUGUUCGCUUCCAAUAUUUGCAAAAUUAGUUUUCGCAGAAAUUAUUCGCUGGAAAUCCUAUUCAAAAGCCAACCAAACAUUGCUCUCCAAUACAGUAAUGGACAGCAUUUUCCGACUCUUUGACCGAAUCGAAGUCCAACACGGAAAGACAUUAGUCUCACACGCGCUCUCAUAUAUCACUGCAUCCAAAAAUGGGUUGAGUGAAAGCGAAUUGGAGGACAUGCUAUCAUUGGAUGACAUAGUAUUAGACGAUGUCUUUCAAUACCAUUUGCCUCCAGUCAGAAGAAUUCCUCCACUUUUGUGGACACGAAUACGCAAUGAUUUACCAAAUUAUUUGACCGAAAGGGACGCCAAUGGAGUGAAUGCCAUGAAUUGGUAUCACAAACAGUUUAGGGACGCAUCCAUUCAGCGAUACUUCAUAAGCGACACAAAUACUCAUUACUUUCACUCAUCGAUCGCCGACUAUUAUAUGGGUGUUUGGGGAGGGGGUGUCGACAAGCCUUUCAAAUACACAGAAUCUCAAAAACAAAGAUUUAAACUAAUAGAAGAAGAAUCCAAAGCUGACCGAAAAGUGCCGACACAGCCGUUGGCCUACUUUUCCAUUGACGGAAGGAUUACGAGAUAUAAUCUGCGAAAAUUGGCAGAACUUCCCUAUCAUUUGAUUAGAGCAAAGAGAUUCAACGACUUAUUGAAGACAGUAUUGUUUGAUUACAAUUGGUUGCACUCAAAGCUCAGUUGCUUUCCAUUGCAAUCAAUUUUAGCCGAUUUCGAGGACUCCAUACACUUUCUAAGCAAAGAAGGCGGCCAUCAAAGUGUGGUCAAAGAAAUAUCACUAUUGGCCGACACACUAAAGCUCUCGGCGCCCGUUAUCGUACAGUUUCCUAAUAUGAUUGGUCCGCAAAUUCUGGCCAGACUUUUAUGUGUGAGCGACGAAUGUCUUCACAUACGAAACCUAUUGCAACAAUGCGACAGCAAAGGAGCCCUUCAUUGCGCACUCCUUCCCGUCAACCAUUGUCUUCACACUCCGGGCGGACCUCUCAUGUAUUCACUAGAAGGACAUCAUUUCAAACCGGUUUAUAAUGUGGGACUUGUCUACCGGUGA